AUGCCGGACGGAAGUGCAACAACCGUGGAAAUCUCCUGCCAGACCCUGUGUCGCACCUUGGUCACCAAUAACGGCCUUCAGCAAGAAAGCGUGGACAUCUCCAAGUCGGUGCUCUAUACGUCACUAAUGGGGCUACUGCUGGUCGCCAACAAAGAGAGUGAAAUCAGUCAAGAACUUGGUAGUGGACAGGUUGGGCUUCUCAACGUGGGAAACACAUGCUUCCUUAACUCUAUAGUUCAGUGCUUGUCCCACACGCGUGGUCUGAGAGAUUACUGCCUGACCAAGACCUACCAAAAGGAAAUAGGCUCCAGCAAAGAACCCAAAUUAAUGAACGCAUUCUCUCAGGUGCUGGCAGACCUGUGGGGCGCCAACAGAUCUGAUGCACCAGUGCAUCCUGGGAAGUUCUACAACAUCUUUAAAGAAUCUGUGCCUUACUUCAGUGGCUACAGUCAGCAGGAUGCUCAGGAGUUUCUCCGCUUCCUGCUGGACCGGCUGCACUCUGAAAUCAACCGCUGCCCCCCUCACCUGCCCCCCCGGAAUGCCCCCCCUGACUCCCUGUAUGCAAAGAUCAGAAUGGAAGAGGAAGCAGAUAAGAUGUGGGCCAAAUAUCUUGAGAGAGAUGACAGCAGGAUUGUGGAUCUUUUCUCAGGUCAGCUACGCAGUUCCCUCCAUUGUUCCAUCUGCUCUCACUACUCCACAACCUUCGAUGUCUUCUGUGACCUGUCACUGCCCAUCCCCAAGAAGAGCAUUUCUGGGGGAGUUGUUUCACUGAAAGACUGCCUUGAGCUCUUCUCCCAAGAGGAAAAUCUUGAUAAGGAGGAUGCACCUAUGUGUGAGAGGUGUGGCAGACGCACGGAGAGCACCAAGAGGUUGACCAUUCAGAGGUUUCCACCAGUCAUUGUCCUGCACCUGAACCGUUUCACCAUGUCGAGGUACUCCAUCUGCAAAAGUACCACAUCUGUGUCCUUCCCUCUGACCCGGCUGGACCUGGGCCCCUAUGGACCAGCGGGCACUGGACCGGUCCUGUAUAACCUGUAUGCAGUGUGUAACCACUCCGGCACGGUCAACAUGGGACACUACACUGCCUACUGUCUCCAGGAGUCUGGUUGGUUCUGCUACAAUGAUUCCAGCGUAACACCUAUCCCUGAAUGCCAUAUACAGUCCAAUCAGGCCUAUGUGCUUUUCUAUCAGCUGGACAGCAGAAGAUGCAGCACACAGAGAAAGUGA